AUGGUGGUAAACAGGACUCUUAGGAAGCAGACCAGGGUGGGGCCUGCCCCUCGGCUGUGGGGCUCGGCAUCGCAAGCCCAAGCCAGGAAGGAGGCCGAGCCUCACAAGCUGCUGAGUUCGGUUUUGCCACCCAAAGCAGCCGGCCAAAAGUGGACCAAGCCACAGGACCCAAACAUCGAGUGGGAAGUGGUGAAAGACCAGCGAGCCCAGCUGCGGGUCCUGGAGACCAGGACAAAGGCCAUUACCUUUGUCCUCACGUUGGUGGAGAGCAUCCCGGAGAGCUUGGUAUACCAACCAAAGGACCCUCGUCAUCUGAGCAUCUACCAGGCAUGGAUGGACCUUCUGGCCGGAGCCAACAGCAGCGUAGAUAUUGCUGCUUUCUACUUUACUCUCAGAGACUCAGAUAUUAAGAUGGAGGAUCCCUCUUCUCAGCAGGGCAGAGAUGUCUUUGACUCACUGCUGAGCCUGCCUUCUCGAGGGGUGAAGCUCAGCAUCGCCGUGAAUAGUCCCCAGAUGUCCGAGAACGACACAGAGGAGUUGGCCCGCCAAGGUGCAGACAUACAAUCUGUGAACAUGAAGAGUUUGACCGGGGGAAUCGUGCACACCAAGUUGUGGGUGGUAGAUCAGAAGCACGUCUACAUAGGCAGCGCCAACAUGGACUGGCGCUCGCUCACUCAGGUCAAGGAGCUGGGUGCAGUCCUGUACAACUGCAGCUGUCUGGCUCAGGAUCUGGGCAAGAUCUUUGCGAUGUACCGCAUGCUGGGAGGAGAAGGGGCGUCCAUUCCUGGAGCGUGGCCAGCCAGCCUUGCAGCCGAGUCCAGCCUGAGCAGCCCCCUGAAGCUGCAACUCAACGGCAUCAGUGCAGAACUCUACAUUUCCAGUUCCCCACCAGCCCUGUGUUCAGCAGGCCGCACCUCCGAUCUCACGGCUAUUGUGCAGACGAUCGAGGAUGCCCAGGCUUUCGUCUACAUUGCUGUGAUGGACUAUGAGCCGCAGUGCUCAUUCUGCAAACCCAGGAGGUUCUGGCCUGUUAUUGAUGACGCCUUGCGUGCUGCAGCCUGUGACAGAAGGGUAAAUGUGCGCCUCCUCAUCAGCUGUUGGUCCCACUCGCAUCCUGCCAUGUUUGUCUUCCUGGAGUCGCUCAGCAUCCUCAGCCAGGAGCCACUGAGCUGCCCCAUCGAGGUGAAACUUUUUGUUGUUCCUGGAGAGGGAGAGCAACCACCGAUCCCGUACGCACACGUCAAUCACAACAAGUACAUGGUGACUGACCGCCUGGCCUACAUUGGUACCUCCAACUGGUCCGAAGAUUAUUUUACCAAAACUACAGGGGUGGGGCUGAUAGUCAACCAGAGCAACCAUGACAGUAUUACAGCAGGCCAGGAAUUCACCCUGCGCCAACAGCUGGAGCAGGUGUUCCUCCGGGACUGGGAUUCUUCCAACAUUGUGCCACUCAGCCGUCAUAGGAGUUGCACUCAGAUAAAUUAG